CAACGUGUCACGCCACGGUGGCCGAUCAACGAGAAACAAACAUGGCGUCCGCUUCUUCAAGGGAUAUUCUCUGUCUUUUCGACGUCGAUGGAACCGUUACUCCAGCUCGUCUGAAUAUCAAACCUGAAAUGAAGACCAUGAUGGCUGAAUUGAGAAAGAAAGUCAAAGUUGGUCUCGUUGGAGGGUCUGAUUUUGUGAAAAUCCAAGAGCAAAUGGGAGGAGAUGAUGUAACUCAAAUUUAUGAUUACGUGUUUCCUGAAAACGGACUCGUAGCCUACAAAGAUGGGCAGAUAUUGUCUGUUCAGAGCAUCAAAAAGUUCCUUGGUGAAGAAAAGAUUCAAGAAUUUGUCAACUUUUGUCUUCGAUACAUAGCUGAUCUUAAAAUUCCAGUUAAAAGGGGAACCUUUGUCGAAUUUCGUAAUGGACUUAUAAAYGUCUCACCAAUUGGUAGAAACUGUUCACAAGAAGAGAGAAUAGCAUUCAAUGAAUAUGAUAAAGUGCACAAGAUACGAGAUACAUUCGUGAAGGUCUUAAGAGAAAAGUUUAAAGACUACAAUCUUCAUUUUAGUAUAGGAGGGCAGAUAAGCUUYGACGCGUUUCCACAGGGCUGGGAUAAGCGAUACUGUCUGAAUCAUGUGAUGGGUGAGAACUUCAAGGAGAUCCACUUCUUUGGCGAUAAAUGUUAUGAGGUGAGGUGUUAG